AGGGGGCGCGGCCGUGGGGAGAGACGCUGGGAGGGAGGACGCGGCGGUGGAGAGGGACGCGGGAGCAAGGGGCGGCAGGAGGGAGGAGGAGGGCGCGCGGCGAGGCUGACGUGGGCCGGGGUCGCGCAGCAGGCUGUGGGCGGCGGCGGCGCGCAGCGACAGAGCGUCCCCCGGCGAGGACGAGCGAGCACGGCGCCCGCACCUCCCCGCACCGCCCGCGCUGCGCGCCACAAGGAGCGGCCGCCGCCGUUCUCCAGCUCGAGCUGCAUUCCCUCCGCGUCCGUCCCACGUUUCUCCCGCUCCGGGCCCCGCCAUGGCCCGGGCAGUGUGGUCGCGCCUCGGCCGCAUCCUAUGGCUCUCCUGCCUCCUGCCCUGGGCCCCGGCAGGGGUGGCCGCAGGCCUGUAUGAACUCAAUCUCACCACCGAUAGCCCUGCCACCACGGGAGCGGAGGUGACCAUCUCGGCCAGCCUGGUGGCCAAGGACAACAGCAGCCUGGCCCUGUCCGCCGACGCCCACCUCUACCGCUUCCACUGGAUCCACACCCCGCUGGUGCUCACUGGCAAGACGGAGAAGGGUCUCAGCUCCACCAUCCAUGUGGUCGGCCACGUGCCCGGGGAAUUCCCGGUCUCCGUCUGGGUCACUGCCGCUGACUGCUGGAUGUGCCAGCCCGUGGCCAGGGGCUUCGUGGUCCUCCCCAUCACAGAGUUCCUCGUUGGGGACCUCGUUGUCACCCAGAACACCUCCUUGCCCUGGCCCAGCUCCUAUCUCACUAAGACAGUCCUGAAAGUCUCCUUCCUUCUCCACGACCCGAGCAACUUCCUCAAGACCGCCGUGUUUCUCUACAGCUGGGACUUUGGGGACGGGACCCAGAUGGUGACUGAAGACUCCGUGGUCUAUUAUAACUAUUCCAUCAUCGGGACCUUCACCGUGAAGCUCAAAGUGGUGGCAGAGUGGGAAGAGGUGAAGCCAGAUGCCACGAAGGGUGUGAUGCAGAAGACCGGGGACUUCUCCGCCUCGCUGAAGCUGCAGGAAACCCUUCGAGGCAUCCAAGUCUUGGGGCCUACCCUAAUUCAGACCUUCCAAAAGAUGACCGUGACCUUGAACUUCCUGGGCAGCCCUCCUCUGACCGUGUGCUGGCGUCUCAAGCCUGAGUGCCUCCCGCUGGAGGAAGGGGAGUGCCACCCUGUGUCCGUGGCCAGCACAGCGUACAACCUGACCCACACCUUCAGGGACCCUGGGGACUACUGUUUCAGCAUUCGGGCCGAGAAUGUCAUCAGCAAGACGCAUCAGUACCACAGGAUCCAGGUGUGGCCCUCCAGAAUCCAGCCGGCUGUCUUUGCUUUCCCAUGUGCUACACUUAUCACUGUGAUGUUGGCCUUCAUCAUGUACAUGACCCUGCGGAAUGCCACUCAGCAAAAGGAUAUGGUGGAGGUGGCUGAUUUUGACUUUUCCCCCAUGUCUGACAAGAACCCGGAGCCACCCUCUGGGGUCAGGUGCUGCUGCCAGAUGUGCUGUGGGCCCUUCUUGCUGGAGACUCCAUCUGAGUACCUGGAAAUUGUUCGCGAGAACCAUGGGCUGCUCCCACCCCUCUAUAAGUCUGUCAAAACUUACACUGUGUGAGCACUCCCCCUCCCCACCCCAUUUCAGUGUUAACUGACUGCUGACUUGGAGUUUCUGGCAGGGUGGUGUGCACCACUGACCAGGAGGGGUUCAUGUGCGUGGGGCUUUUGGCCUGGAUCAUCCAUCCAUCUGUACAGUUCAGCCACUGCCACAAGCCUCUCCCUCUCGGUAACCCCUGCCCCCAACCAUUCACCCACCUGUACAGUCCAGCCACUGAUGUAAGCCCCACUCGGUUACCACCCCCUCGACCCCGUACCUUUGAAGAGGCUUCAUGCAGGACUUUGAUGCUUGGGGUGUUCCAUGUUCACUCCCAGGUGGGCCUGGCUGCCCAUUGCCCAUUCCUCUCACAUUGGCACAUCUGCUGUCCAUUGGGGGUUCUCAGUUUCCUCCCCCAGACAGCUCUGCCUGUGCCAGAGAGCUAGAAAGGAGGUCACAAAGGAUUAAAAAUCCAUAACUAAAGGUUGUACACAUAGAUGGGCACACUCACAGAGACAAGUGUGCAUGUACACACACGCAGAAAUAGAAACACACAUGUCACAUGGAGAUUUCAGAUGAUCGGCUCUGUAUCCGGUUAAGUCGGUUGCUGAGAUGUAGCCUGCACUAGAGCUGAAAGGAAAUUUGACCUCCAAGCAGCCCCGACAGGUCCUGGGCCGGGCCCUCCCUUUGUGCUUUGUCUCUGCAGUUCCCACACCUUUUAUAAGGCCACCCUAGUCCCUGCUUGCUGGCAGGGGGCUGGAUGGGGGGCAGUACUAACUCUUAGUGAGUGCAGAGGGCUUUAUAAAUAUCACCUUAUUUUAUCAAAACCCAUAUGUAAAGCUUUCAUCAAGGAAAAGGGCUUGCAGUGGUAGAAGAGGUUGAGUCA